AUGUGUGCGCACGCCAGUGUGGCAUGGUAUGUAGAGCGGACGUGGCAUGGGCCCCUUGGCCAGGCCAGGACCUGGUAUGAGGCUGGACCCUGCAGCUCAGCCUCCCUGCCUGCUGCUCGCCCAGGGUGUUACAAGGCACUUGUCGCUACUCUAUUUCUGGCCUCAGCAGGAGCCUGCACUGGGUUAUUUUUGUCCCUGCUCCUCCCAGCCCCAACUCAGGACUGGCUCAUCCCCCUCCCCUGCCCCAGACUGACAGAGCUGUGGAAAGGGUCAGGCACUAAAGUUGGGUCUCCAUCUAGUCCUGGGCCCCCACGACUGACUGGCUGCAAGCUGGGCAGGUGGCUGGGGAAGAACAGGCUCCAAACUGAAGGCCUGCUGCCGCGUUUCUGUGGCCCCAGCCCCUACUUGGUCCCUGAAAAAGUGAUGGACGAAAGGGUGGGCCUGGCCUGCUAG